AUGUCCGGCCGCGAUAGAGAUGUUGGAAGAAAAUGGGAGUCUGGAUCAGCAAAAAGAAAAAGAAAAGCUGAAAGAACUGCAUCCAACCAGGUUUUGAGUUUAAAUAUGAUGAAGUUCCUCAACCAAACUGCAUCUGGUAGUACAAAAUCGAUAGAUUCAACUUCUACACUACAAACGUCCGAGAUACCGUUGGAAAAUGCCCUCGAUGCACUGAAUACCGAGAGCGAAUGUCAGUUAGACGUAGAGUUUGGAUUAUCCUCUAGCCAAUCGAAAUAUGACGCUGAAACUUUUGUGCUGUCAUCAAGCAAUCAAGAAGAACAGAUUGACAUUGAUUAUCCAAUUCGCAACAACGAUGCCAGUGCCAUAGUUCAGCAAGUUCUUGUUAAUUCAGAUCCGGGAUUUUGGACGUUUCCCAUAACGGAUUCACAGCGUCGUGACAUAGUACAAAGGGGCCCCAUACAGCAAAUAAAUAGCGGUGAUGAAUGUUAUCCCAAAGCGAGUCGCGAAAACGAAGGUGACUCCCGUGGCUACCGCUCAGCGGAGGAGCAGGCUCGCGAGCUGGCCAGGUCCAUCAGGAGGGAGGUGGCUAAACUGGCAGACAAGUGGAACACCUUGGUGGACAGGAGCGACGCCUGGGGACGGUGCUUGGAUGAUGCUGUGCAGGAAGCUGUCACAAUGCCAGUUAAUGCUGGCUCAGGAGGGAGGAUCACGGCGCGCCCAGCCUCGCGCCGCGCCGCGUGCCGACUCAAUCAACUCGCUAACUUAAACGUUGAUGUAGUUUGA